AUGACUCCUAUUUUAUUCCUGGCUAUCCUUGGUUUGGGAGUGGUCUUAGCUGCCCCAGAACUUGAUCCACGGUUAGAUGAUGAAUGGCAUGCAUGGAAGGCAGAACACAACAGAACAUACACAGUGAAUGAAGAAAGAUCAAGGAGAGUGGUAUGGGAAAAUAAUAUGAAAAUUAUUGAACUGCACAACCAGGAAUACCUUAAGGGGAAACACAACUUCACCAUGAGAAUGAAUGCCUUUGGUGACUUGACUAAUACAGAAUUCAUUAAAAUGCUGACUGGCUUUCAAACCCAGAAACUCAACAGGUUGGAGGCAUUUGGAAAAUUUCUUUUGCAUGAUAUCCCUAAGGCUGUGAAUUGGAAAGAACAAGGCCAUGUGACUCCUGUGAAGGAUCAGGGUUACUGUGGCUCUAGUUGGGCUUUUAGUGCAACUGGGGCCCUAGAAGGACAAAUGUUCCGGAAAACAGGUGAACUGGUCCCUCUGAGUGAACAGAAUCUAAUUGACUGCUCCGUGUCUUAUGGCAACCAAGGAUGCCAUGGUGGCUUCAUGCAGUAUGCAUUCCAGUAUGUGAAGGAUAAUGGUAGCCUGGCAACUGAGGGGUUCUAUCCGUAUGAAGGACAGGAAGGAUCUUGCAGGUACAAUGUUGAGAAGUCCACUGCUAGUGUCAGAGACUUUGUGCAAAUCACAGCAAGUGAGGAAGCCCUUAUGUAUGCUGUGGCAAAAGUGGGGCCCAUCUCUGCUGCAAUUGAUGCGAGCCACAGUUCCUUCCGGUUCUAUGACAGUGGCAUGUAUUAUGAGCCAAAUUGUAGAAAAGUUCUCCUAAAUCAUGCUGUAUUGGUGGUUGCCUAUGGCUAUGAAGGAGCAGAAUCAGAUGAUAUUAAAUACUGGCUGAUAAAAAACAGCUGGGGUGAAAAAUGGGGCAUGGAGGGCUACAUGAAAAUCCACAAAGACUGGAACAACCACUGUGGAAUUGCUACUUAUGCCACAUACCCCAUUAUGUGA